AUGCUGGACACACAUGCGUCGCCAGAACGACCCGUGUCACCUGUCAGCUCCGCUUCGACGGCGGAGGUAACAGCAGGGCACGACGUCUCGACAAUUAAUCGCACGCUGGACGCCUCUUCCAUCCACGACGAUGGGAUCCUAAUGGACUUCGGCUCAAAGCAUUGGAUUCGCGUGACGCAGUUGGAUCCAAACACAACAGGAAAGGCUCUCAGGUGUAUGUUUUACCCAUACGGUGGCGAUGAGGCGUUUGUUCUGUGGGAGGAGGGCGUGAUGGGCUAUGUUGGCUUUGAGAACAGGUGCAUGGCCGACCUGGCAGUGGAGAAGAUGGAUGCCUUUAUCCCUUGCCGUCAAUCACAGGCCCUUUGCGUGGCACACGUGUCACUGGAGGAAGUUCUCUUUGCAAAGAGUGCAGCCCCUCUCUGGGGCCAAAAGGGCCUGACAUCGUUGUUGUAUUCUGGCUGUCCCGCCCACUUUAUUGCACAGGCCAUCGAGUCGCACCGGCAGCCAUGCCAGUGUGCUGCUGAGGUAGUGGAGGAAGUGCGGCGAGCACCACGUUCGAUGAUGUCGCGCGUUCUGGCUGCUGUGGCAAAGCUGCGGCAGAACUGGGUCUCGUUAGAGGAGUUCCGAGAAGCCCUCGUCCGACAUUUGCUACGGCAAAUAGUCGAGGAUGAACCCACAGACCCCAAAGCAAAUUGUGGCACCCUGUUAGGCGAACUCUUUGUUAUGGGGUUCCUGACUGGAGACCCGUUCCAUCUGGCCUCUCGCAUUCUCCAGCGUGGAGUGCACAGCACGGUUCAGAUUGACAGCGUCUGCGCCAUUGCGCAUGCCUGCGCCUCCAUGCCCGUCCCAAUAUCAAAGGCGUCCUUCUGGGCUUUGGUGGGGCAGGCGUCCCUGCAAGUGGCGGACCCACUUCGUGCUGACCUGCGUGCACACCUGCGACAAUUUCAGCACAGCACUGAGCUCUUCUCCCCGGCCCCAUCUGUCACGCCAAAAAAUGAUUUAUCGCUCAACAGGACAAACAAAUCUCGUCAUCUCUUGCCUGAGUCAAAAUCGCGUACGGUGUAUGUGUCGCACCUUCCACCACUCCUGCCGCAGGAGACAUUCAUGAACCUCUUUAUGAUGUGCGGAACGGUAAGCAAGGUCCGUAUGUGUCGUGGCAACGGGUACGCGACGCUAUUUGCCUUUGUCGAAAUGUCCACUCCCGAUGAGGCAAAGGCGACGUUGCGUCUUUGCCGAAUGAAUCUCAUGGGGUGUAACAUUCGGGUGCAGAUAGCACGCAACCCAAUUCAGGACGCACAAGCCGAAGACGCACUCGUUGAGCCCAACAGCGCCAUCAUACAUGGGUGUCUGUUCGGGCAGAAUGGAGGAACCUUGGCGGACGCCGCAGAAGCCGGCGGGAAAAGUGCUGGUAGGUGA